AUGGCCGCCAGAGUGACUCGAAGCCAGAGUCGGAAGACCUCCACCACCUCGUGCAAAAGGAAAAGCGAGCCCGAGGAUUCUGUAUCCUCUAAAAAGGUCGCUGAGGGGAUACCUUCAGCGACGUGCAAGACACCCCAAAGACCAAACAAGAGGGUCCGCUUCUCGGACCCCGGCCUUCGGGUCCAGGAACACGACUAUUCCACGGGUUUGACACCCGCGCUGCUUCGUACCUCAUUUGAGGAUCAAGGGGAUGCAGGCCGUAUUACCCGCAGCCCGAGCCGACGGAUGCGGCGGCGCUCUGCUCCUCUACCACGGUCCCUCUAUCCGCAGGACCCGUCACCUUCGGAGCAAGUGGUGCAGUUUACGCCCUUGCGGCAGAUCCUAGAUCCUCGCACGAAGCGACGGCUUUGCCGUACUGGCCUAAGUGAUGAGGUCAACCACAUAGAGCGCGAGAAACGUGAGACCGCUUACUACGAAAAGACCAUCCAGUCCUUGCUGCGCGAAAGAGAUGCGUUGAAGCAGCAGCUAGAGUCGGCGAGGUCUACCCAAAAUGAGAGUCAAUUCAGGCACAUGGAUGAUGUUCCCACGGCCAUGUCGCCACGGAGCAGAAUCGAACAUCUAGAGGCCGAAAACGGUCGUCUUAGGGAGGAGGUCUCGUUCUCCUCGAUCCAAAAUGGAGAUGAUCAGGAUUCUUUUAGCACGACUGACACAGUCAUUAUUAAUGAUAGUGCAUUCGAGGGGGAUACUAUUCUUAUGUCCAACUCGCCUGUCAUCCGCGGCUUAGAUGGGAGUCAUUGCCCAUCCUCAGACAAUUUUUCAAGCCUGCACAAUCAUAAUACAGCGACCGACGUUGGUACUCAAGCUCAUUUGCCUGAUGAGGAACAAGAAGUCGAGAUACGCACUCUCUCACUCGAUCUGGAAACUGCCAGAAAAGAGAAAAGGGACCUAUUCAACGCAGUUCGUGCUCACUCUUCCGCAUUCGAUGGCACACCUCUUGGCCAGCACCUGCGCCGAUCCUCUCCGCCUCCGGAUUUUCUAGCUCAAUUUAUGCCUGCGCUCGCCGAGGUCGUUAAUCGUGCCUCAGACGCUGUCGGCGCUCUGAAUUCAGCCGCGGAAGAACUUUCAAGCAUGGGGUUUUCCGGAACUACCGUGAACGACAUCAUUUCCGAGAUGCGCCAUCGCUUCCGUUCGGCGCGUCUCGGUCUAGAGCGCGCACUGCCUGGAGAAACAGCCAAUGUGGGCCUCGAAGAUGGAAGUGCCACAUUGGCCGCGCUGGUCAAUCGGGUAGAGCUGUUGGUAAAAGACCUAGAAGUGGAGCGUGAUUCUCACCAUGGCUUGUUAGGUCGUGAAAAGGCGCUGCGUGGCCAAUUCGAUACCCUCUUAACUAGGUACGAGGCAGCGACGCAGAAGAUUCGGGAUCUGGAAGAGUCAAGGGCAGCUUCCGCCAGUGAUAUGCUUCACACCAGAAUGCGAAUGCAGGAACUCGAACGCGAAGGAGAAGAACAGGUCGUUAGCAUUGACAGGUUGAAUGCAGCACUUAGCAAAUAUUCUGAAGAGGUCAAAGGGCUCGAGAUCCUGGUGAAUCAACUGGAAGCUGAUAAGACCGCCUCCCAAGAGCAGCACAGCCAGCAAGUGUCUCAACUUGAGGAGAGAUUAGCUCAGGAGAAAACGUCACGUUCUGCGGCCGAGUCUGCUGUUGCUGAGCGGGAAGAACGUAUUCGUCAACUCGAAGGGGCAGUGGAGACAAAUCAGAUCCGCGUGUGUGACCUUACUGCGAAGGUGGAGUCGAUUGAAAAAGAGCGACGGGAAGCAAUUGAAAGCUUAGAACAAAAGAUAGCCGACCAGGUCGAGCAUCAUGAAAAUGAGGUAGGUCUUUUGAACGCCCGGGUCUCGGAGCUCACCACCGCGCUUGAGGCUGCCAAGUCAGAAGCAGAAAAGCUGCACCGAAGCAACAUAGGGCUGCGGGAGCAGCUGCAGCAAGAAAUGGAGGCCAGGGACAACCUGUUGGAUAGAUGGGCUGCGCAUCAAGCCCGGUCAUUUGCUUUCGUGAAGGAAACCGUCAAUUCAGAGCGACGAAAGGCGAAGAUCCGUGCCGCAAAUUGGGAAAUGAAGUCAGAUGAUCUUCACUCGGACGGCGUUCCUCUUCCAAGCGAGCCGAUUACUCCAGUCAGUAUGACCAGGUUCGUUGAUGUGGAGGUUGGAAGGGGUAAGAAUAGAAGGCGGCUUGAUAGUGGGAUUGGCAUUUUGACCGAAGAAGACAUUAUAAACGAAGUCGAGGACGGCGCUGAUCUCCCCAUGGACGUUAAUCUUCUGCCGUCCGAUCCAGCCGAACUAUGA